AUGUCAUGCGAUCUUGAAGAAGAAGAGGAUGCAGAGGAUACAGGACCUGCCAGUGUGAUGGAGAGCACCGCGGAGGAAAUCGCUGAUGCAGAGGAACGGGCAGCGGGGGGAGAGGCAGUGGAGCCAGCUGCGAAGACCACGUUCGUCCCGGCCAACUUGCGAGAGAAGUGUGGUUGUUCACCUGCACUGCUUGGGGCACCCGGGCAGCGGCAGAUCGUCGCCAGACAUAAUGGUCCGGUGCUCGGUGGCAGAGGGGCGGGGAAUGAGGGGCAGCGGCGUGCAAAGGAGGCUCGCAUACGCUCCGCGAAUACGUCCAGGACGCGCUCCGCCUAG